UCUGACAGGUGAGGGGAAGAGGAAGACAACGUUAGGCCAGCUGAUGAAACGCAGUGCAAGGAGCGCUUGGUGACGGGAAUUAUCCGUGUUCUUAGUGAUAUAACGCAGUGUGUGAAGAUGGCAGCAGCUGGCAUGGUCCUUGUCCUGUCCCUCCUCUCUGUCCUGCAGCUGUCUCGGGUUCAGGGCUGGAACCAGCAUGAGAGAGUCCUGCUGAGGGAUAUCCAGGCAAUCACUCUAUAUGCCGAGAGAUACACCAAUGCCCGUCGUACAUCCCCCGUCCCACAGCUAAAGUGCAUUGGUGGAAGUGCCGGAUGCAAAGCUGUGUUACCACAGGUGGUCCAGUGCCAUAACAGAGGUUGGGAUGGCUAUGAUGUCCAGUGGGAAUGCAAGGUGGACCUGGGCAAUGCUUAUCGUUUUGGAAAAGUGGAAGUGAAUUGUGAGGGCUUCGACUACCCUGAGGAUCCCUACAUCCUACGGGGCUCUUGUGGAUUAGAGUACACUCUUGAUCUCACAGAUGAGGGCCAAAGGAGGUCUAAUGAUGGCUACAACUCAGGGGGUUUUGGGUUUUCUCAAGGACGCUCCUCAAGCUGGAACUCUCCUUCCUCCUCAUCUGAAGGCAGUGGGGCAAUUGUCAUCAUAGUGAUUCUGCUGCUUGCUUUUGGUGUAUACAAGUUAUUCCUGAGUGGGCCUACAAUGCAGCAACAACCUCAGCCCGAUGAGUAUGGAAACCAAGGCUAUGCUAGCGCCCCUCCUCCACCCGGUUUUAAGUCCGGCUUCACAGGCACCUCAACAGGAUAUGAUUCCAGUGGUACCAAUACAUUUGGCAGCCAUGCUACCCAAGGGCCUGGUUUCUGGACUGGCCUUGGAACUGGUGGUGUACUGGGAUACUUGUUUGGUAAUCGGAGAGCGCAGCCAUGCCAGUCUCCCUAUUUCAACACCUGGACUGGUCCUUCAUACUCGGGUCCAAUGUAUGGAGCUUCUCAGCCAUCCAGAGCACCAGAGAGUUCCGGUACAAGAACGGCAUCAGGAUUUGGAGGGACAAAAAGAAGAUAAGAAAACAAAACUGAUUGGCCAGCUUUUAUUUUUGCUAAUUUAAGUCCGACAUGUUGGCCGCAUCCACACCUUGGAAUAUAUUCGUGUUGCACUUAAUUAGACAAUGGAAUAUGUAUAAAAAAAAAAAAAAAAGCGUAAUGCCAGAGAGAGUAUAGAUUUGUGAAAAUGUGACUGGUUUAUUUGCCUAUAAUAUUUUUGUCAUAGAAGAGGUGACUUUGCUUUCUGAUUUCUUGACUGUUGUAAAUGGGUGUGACUUAAAUGUAAUUUAUAUUGGCAUAACCAUAGUAUAUACUUCUAUAAAUAAUAAUAUUUGUGAAGACAAAAUAUUG